CAAAGCCUAUACAAUGUGUAACCGAUUUGUGGGAACCUGGAAACUCGUCUCCAGUGAAAAUUUUGAUGACUAUAUGAAAGAAUUGGGAGUGGGCUUAGCUACCCGGAAGCUAGGUGGCCUGGCAAAGCCUGAUGUGAUCAUCAGUAUGAAAGGGGACAUAGUAACCAUCAGAACUGAAAGCACCUUCAAAAAUACAAUGAUCUCUUUCAAACUGGGCCAGCAGUUUGAUGAAACAACAGCAGAUGACCGGAAAGUCAAGAGCGUCAUAACCUUGGAGAAAGGAGCAUUGGUGCAAGUGCAGAAGUGGAAUGGCAAAGAGACCACGAUAAAGAGAAGACUGGUUGAUGGGAAAAUGGUGGUGGAUCAACUCUGUUAACGUGACUGAAGAUCAUCUAUCGAGAUGAGCAGAGAAGGUGACCUGCUUUCUUCCACUUAGAUGUGAAAGCGUGGUCCUGAUCACAUACAGACAUAUGUUAUUAAGUGUGGUGAUGUCGGUUCAUUUGCCCCUGCGUGCAUGCUGCUGCCUUGCUUCCUGCUCUUUCUAUGGAUUUGACAGCCUGCCCUGCUUCUUGGGCUAAGCAGCUG